AUGCUCUUCAUCCUGAUUCUCUGCUCGGAGUGUGCCACGGUGUGCGGCCAGCUGGGCGUGGCCUACUCGGCAGUGGAGACGAUGGACCUCGAGCUGGGCACGUUGGCGUGCCUGUGCGCUCCCACGGAGGAGUUCGAACUGGUCACCGCCUCCUCCACCGAGUGCACGGCCUGCUCGGACGGCUCGUGCGGCGGUGUCGACGGCAUCGUCAUGGUGUCGCCGGCAGCCGAGGACCUGGCCGCGCUGACAGUGACCGUGGCGCCCGACGGCACGCCCGUGGUGGCCGGCUCGGCGGCGACCGUCUCAGCUACCGCUGACGUCAAUGAUGUGGAGUUCACCAUUCAGGCCGGCGAUCGGUCACCGGCGUUCAACAUCAGUGGCGUGGAUGACACGACUGGCACCAGCGGCGCGACACUGAGCCAAGAAGUGUUGUUCUACUAUCCGGGCACGUUCACCAUCUCUGUAUCGGCGCAGAAGCGAGCUGGCAAAGCUGUGCUCAGUCAGCAGGUCUCGGUGAACGUCACCCAGGCAGCCAGCCUGCUGGAGGCCAACUGCCCGCCGGUUCAGGAGCCCAACAUUCCCUACUUCUGCGGAGCCGCCGUCACAGGGUCGGAUACGUCGGUGACUGCCACGUUCAGCGAUGGAGCAGAGUUGACCGCCCAGCUUCCCACCGUGCCUAUCGUCCUGCGUGGCUCGGCCCCACCCCAGAGCGCGAUGGCCAGCGACGCAGAGAGGCCGACCGGCUCGGCGACGUUCCUGGUGGCUGCGCCGUUCGACACGCCGUCCCGCCUACUGUCCGUCAGGACGUUCGGCAGCGUCGCCGGCACCUGCACUGGAGAGGUGGUGACCCCCACGUGCACGGACCCAGACGUAUUCUGUCCGGGCGCCGGGUGCACCAGCUCGUGCGGUUUGGUGCCCGACACCACUGCCGAAUAUCAGUGCACCGCCAGCACCUUCUGCCCGCUGACCAGACUGUGCUCUGCUGGUGCUGUGGACGCCGGCACGUGCGGCACGGUGUCGGCUCCCGCCGGGUUCGCGGCCAGCGGGGCUGUGUUCUCGAUCCCAGUGAGCGCCGGAGCGCACACCUACCAGGAGAUCACCACGGAGGUGCUCGCUCAGCCCGGAGAUAUGAUUCAGGUGACCUGUACAGACGGCGGGCUGGUGGCCGCGAUGGCCGUGCCGAGCGGCGGUGACCUGGACAGCACCGGUGUCGCGUUGACCACCUCCACUGGCCAGUCUGUGCGCCACCUCCUGGAGGUGGUGGCCGCUCCUCUGCAGCAGUUCAGCUGGGCGCACACCUGUGUCACACCAGUCCAGCUGGUCACCUUCACCGCCGCGCUGCCGGACGGCGCCUCCGUCACCAACGCCACCAGCUGCGAGUACAUCAUCCGCAACAUGUCCAUCUCGCUGAUGCAGGCCAAUCAUGAGAUGGUGCCCGACACUAAGGACGGCCCCAUCUACCUGGACACGGCACUGCCGGUCACUGUGCGACUGCAGAUGCUCGAGGGAGCCCCAGCACUCAUGAACUGGGACUACGGCACUGAGGACCUUCCCCACGGCACGCAGGACCUGCAGGCGCGGGUCGACCCAGCCACAUUCUACAAUCAGACUGUCACCUAUCCGAUGCCUGGUACCUUCAUCAUCAACGGUUCGGCCACAAAUACCCACUCGGAGACGCUGGGCGCCACGUGGGCCACGCAGGAGGUGAUUUUGCAGAACCCCGUGGUGGAGGCCUGGGCCGUGGAGAUCACCAACACGCAGAUCCUCACCGAGCCCACCAACGCCAUCGAGGCUAACGUCAACUUCCUCGUCAAGCUGCCCGAGACGGAGCGCCUGCCGACGGACGCUUCCAUCUACGCUCAUUUCGGCGACGGCUACCACAUGGAGGAUUUCCACCCUCUCAGCGAAUAUGGAAUAGUCGAUGGCGAGACGUUGCCUGAAGCUGGCUUCUACUCCUUCACCUUCACGCAUCACUAUGCACAAGCUGGAUUAUACAACGUAACAAUCGACAUGAAAAACGAAAUUUCUAACGUGACACUUGAAAUCCCUGUUGACGUCGAAGAGAAAAUCAUCGACUUUGCCGUUGAAAUGAAGUUUGAACUGAAUGACGCUCUAUCGGAUGGUCUCGGAGACGACGAGAACGAGUUUCAUAAUGACAAGAAUAUCACGUUCAUCAUGCUCAUGACGCAGGGCAGUGUCACGAGGUAUGAACUGUACAACACAUCCAGUGGCGUCGAGGAACUCUUGCAAACGUUUAAAGUUGAGAACAAGCUUCACCCAACCGUAGGUGAAUUCUACUAUUACUUCUCCGAAAAUCAGGAGCUCAACAUUACUUUCAAGGCUUUCAACACUUACGAAGAAUCCGAUUCAGUUGAAGCGAGCAUUUGGAUCAAGGACCCAGUGACGGAAAUAGAAGGUAUCAUGAUUGUUGAAGGCGAAGAUGUCACCUCUCGUGGAGAGGAUAAGCCGAUCAACAUCACAUUCAACUGCGCCUCGACACAUUCCCUGUGUCUGGUUAUCGACUACGGCGACGGUGCGCCGCUGGCCGCCUACGGAGACGAGGGCAUCUGUAUGGCCAACUUCUCUGAGGCUAAAUUCCAGCCCAAUGAUCUGACCAUGCCUAUGAUUGUGGAGCACACAUAUUGGGCAGAUGGCAAGUACAACCUCACUGCCAUACUUUUCAAUCCUGUGUCGUUUGGAAAGGCAUCUCUUACAUUCUUGGUUGUACCAUUUAGCUGCAAGAAGCCCAUAAUUACCGUUAACGGUGCUUCUCUUGUCAAAGAAACGGCCAACGGUUAUUUCAGAUCUAACCCCAUUGUGGUUGAUACCGAGACAUACAUACCAAAUUGCGAAGUUCCAUUUACCAGCAUUGAGCGUUGGAUGGUGUCAAAAAUAGACCCACUCACCGGAGAAACUAUUGAGCCAAUUGUCAUCCAGAACAUCCUGCCGUCUUGGAAUAAGUCCUCACUCCUCAUCAAGAAAAACUUCCUGGACUUUGGUCUGUACAAAUUGGACUACAGCAAGCAGCUGUACGAGGGCGAUGAGCCUCCCAACAUCCCCUACGAAGUGAUGACCACCUCAUACGUGGUCGUGAUCCGUUCACCGCUCGUGGCGAUCAUGGUGCCCGGUUCCGUGUCACGUCUGGUGCGCGGCUGGGGCCAGCAAGCCAGCCUCGACCCCGGCAGCAACUCCAUCGACCCGGACCUGCCCGAAGACAAGAGUUUCGAGUGCGAGUGGUACUGCCGCCAGCUGACCUGA